AUGGCUACUUUUCGUAAUGUUUGCUCAGUACCCAACUCCUUCCGGCUCACUGGAAUCCCAGGGCUGGAGUCCCUGCACAUCUGGUUAUCCAUCCCCUUUGGCUCCAUGUACCUUGUGGCUGUGAUGGGGAAUGUCACUAUUCUGGCUGUGGUAAGAGUGGAACGUAGCCUGCACCAGCCCAUGUACUUCUUCCUGUGCAUGUUGGCUGUCAUUGACCUGAUUUUGUCUACUUCCACUAUGCCCAAACUUCUGGGAAUUUUCUGGUUUGGUGCUGGUGAGAUUAGUCUGAAUGCUUGCUUGACCCAGAUGUUUUUCAUACACUGCUUUGCAACUGUUGAGUCAGGCAUCUUCCUUGCUAUGGCUUUUGACCGCUAUGUGGCCAUAUGUGACCCACUGCAUCAUAUGACAGUGCUCACAAAUGCAGUGGUGGGACUCUUGGGACUUGUAGCCCUCAUUCGGGGUAUCAUUUAUAUUAGUCCCCUACCUUUAAUGAUACGUCUAAGGUUGCCCCUUUACAAAGCCCAUGUCAUCUCUCACUCCUACUGUGAACACAUGGCUGUGGUCACCUUGGCUUGUGGUGAUAGCAGAGUCAACAACAUUUAUGGACUAAGCAUUGGUUUUUUGGUGCUCAUUCUGGACUCAAUGGGCAUUGCUGCCUCCUAUGUGAUGAUUUUCAGGACUGUGCUGGGACUGGCUACCCCUGAGGCUAGGCUUAAAACUCUAGGCACAUGUGGUUCUCACAUUUGUGCCAUCCUGAUCUUUUAUGUUCCCAUUGCUGUUUCUUCCCUCAUUCACCGAUUUGGUCACCAAGUGCCUCCCCCAAUCCACACCCUUUUGGCUAACUUUUAUCUCCUUAUUCCUCCAAUCCUGAAUCCUAUUGUCUAUGCUGUUCGUACCAAACAGAUUCGAGAGAGAAUCCUCCAAAUUAUGAAGAUAGAAGCUAAGAACAGAUGA